CGACGACGACGACGACGACGAUGAUGUCCACUGAAUCCAUCACCGCGGCAUCGGCGCAAUUCUCCUACCCCGCCGCCACCUACUUCCCCAUCCCCUUCCAUCUCCAGAACGCGUAUCAAAACCCUAAUGUUGCUCUCGCCUACACCGCCGCGUACCAUCUUCCCCAGUAUCACCAGGCUCAACAGUUGUUCCAAAACAAUGCGCAGAUCAUUACUUCUGAGGCUUUAGCAAGUGUAAAAGCUGCCAUCACAAGUAGUGAAAUUGAUAAAAAAGCGGAGGCAAAGAAGAAAGCAAUACCUCGUAAAGCUGCUGGGCAGACCUGGGAGGAUCCGACAUUAGCAGAUUGGCCUGAAAAUGAUUUCCGUUUAUUUUGUGGAGAUCUUGGAAAUGAAGUCAAUGAUGAUGUUCUUUCUAAAGCGUUCUCAAAAUAUCCCUCUUUUAACAAGGCUAGGGUGGUUAGAGACAAGUGGACAGGCAAAACUAAGGGCUAUGGAUUUGUGAGUUUUGCAAAUGUGUCUGACCUCGCAGCAGCACUGAAGGAGAUGAAUGGUAAAUAUAUUGGAAAUCGGCCAAUCAAACUGCGAAAGAGCACGUGGAAGAACAGGAUAGAUUAUGAGGCUUUGGAGAGGCAGAAGACGGACCCCCGGAAGAGGACCAAACAGCAAAAGAGAAGCAUUCUGCAUAAAUAAGAGUAUGUGAAUUGCUCGAAGCGUGGCAACAAUUCAUCCCUUUGUAAUGUUAUGAGCGUGAUCAAAUAGCUUGGGCGAAUUAUGUAUAUUUCAGGGUCGUAGGAAAUUUUCGAGCAUGGGGAGAGGCAUCAUCCUGCUGCUUCAGAAUUUGCUUAGUUUGUAGGCAUCAGUUGUAUGAUACCUCUUGUGCAUAUAAUUUGAUCUGUCGAGACCGUAACAGGCUCGAAAUGUAUCUCAUGUUCGGAAACUGGUGUUCUGGAAAAUGGAUUGUGAAAUCUUAGAUUGUCAUUGUGACUGCUAACAUCAUUGAAGUACUAACAAUAAAUUGGAGUGUUUGAUGCGCA